AUGGUUGAUUACAAUAGUGAAGUGAGAAAGCUGAUCGGUGGUCACAAAUUCUUUCUGUUCUCUGCUUCUUGGUGUCCAGAUUGCAGAUACGCCAUUUCUGUCUUUAGCAAAUAUGGCGUCAUAGGCAAAAUUCACAAUUUUGAUAUUGCGUCGCUGUCUACAAAAGAGCAGCAAGAAUGGAGAAAUGCAUUUCAAAAGGUUACAGGCAGUAGAAACUUGCCUACCUUGUAUGUCAAUGGGUCAGUUUGGGGGACAGAAGCUCAAUUGCAUAAGUUCGAGAGUAGAGAUUCGCUUGCUGAAGAAUUUGCGAAGAUUGGUCUAACAAGCUAG